ACCCAAAAAAGUUAUUCACAAAUUCACACACUAGGGUUAGGGUUAGCCACACUCACUUGUAUAUAUACAUAGCUAGCUAGCUAGAACCAUCAUUAAAAAUAAAAUCAUUAAGUAGAAUAUAGGAAUUUUAUAAUGAAGAAGAGACAAGUUGUAGCUAAAACUUCAUCUUCGAUUACAAGAAAUGUUAGAUAUGGAGAGUGUCAAAAGAAUCAUGCAGCAAAUAUUGGAGGGUAUGCUGUUGAUGGUUGUAGAGAGUUCAUGGCUAGCAAUGGAGAAGGAACAAGUGGGGCUCUUACAUGUGCUGCUUGUGGUUGUCAUAGGAACUUUCAUAGAAGAGAAGUGCAAACUGAAGUUGUUUGUGAGUACUCUCCACCUAAUUAUGGUCGCUAAAAUUAUCGAUCUAUCUAUCUAUCGAUCUAUUUUCAGAAAAAGUCUUCUGCUAAUGACACGUGAUGGAAUUUCACACAUCUAUUUUUCUUGAUUUUUUUGCACAUAUGUGCAAUCUUACAUGGAUCUUUACUUGU